AUGUGGGAUUCAUCGGUGUUUCUCAGCACGCUGACUCCCAAAUUCUACGUUGCCCUCACCGGCACAUCUAGUCUCAUUUCCGGGUUGAUACUAAUAUUCGAAUGGUGGUACUUCCGGAAGUAUGGAACGUCUUUCAUCGAACAAGUGUCCAUCAAUCACAUCAGUCCGUGGAUAAGUGGUAGCGACAAUGGCACCGAUUCGCCGGCCCCAGCCAGUACGAGCGGCAGUACGAGUGGUAGCAGUGGUACCACACAAAGCAUGCCCGAAUGCAAAGUGUGGCGCAAUCCGCUCAAUUUGUUCCGUGGCGCGGAGUACCAGCGGUUCUACUGGGCCACCCAGAAAGAACCACUUACGUUCUACGAUAUGAACCUGUCGGCGCAGGACCAUCAGACAUUCUUCACCUGUGAAGGAGACGCCGGUAAGGCCGAGUACGAGAUCAUGCAGACGGCGUGGCGAGAGCGGAAUCCGGUCGUUCGAAUCAAAGCGGCCAAAAGUGCACUCGAGCUCAACCCGGACUGUGCCCCGGCCUACAUACUGUUGGCAGAGGAGGAAGCGACCACGAUAGUAGAGGCCGAGAAAAUCCUCCGAACGGCACUGAAGGUGGCCGAAGGUAACUACAAAAGGUCACAAACCUUCCAACAUCAGGGCACGAUCGCGGAAGGCAUCCAUCGGCGCGAUACCAACGUGCUGAUCUACAUCAAGCGCCGACUGGCCAUGUGUGCCCGCAAGCUCGGCAAGUUGAAGGAAGCCGUGAAGAUGUUUCGCGAUCUGACGAAGGAGAUAUCGCCCAUCAUGAACGUGCUGAACAUUCACGAAAAUCUGCUGGAGGCGCUGCUGGAGAUGCAGGCGUACGCCGACUGUCAGGCGGUGCUGGCCAAGUACGACGAUAUCUCGCUACCAAAGUCGGCCACCAUCUGCUACACGGCCGCGCUGCUGAAAGCACGCGUGGUGGCCGAAAAGUUCUCGCCCGAUGUGGCAUCCAAGCGCGGUCUCAGCCCGGCCGAGAUGAGUGCGGUCGAGGCGAUUCAUCGGGCGGUGGAGUUUAAUCCGCAUGUGCCGAAGUAUCUGCUCGAGAUGAAGCAACUCAUACUACCGCCGGAGCACAUCCUGAAACGUGGUGACUCCGAGGCACUGGCGUACGCGUUCUUCCAUCUCAGCCACUGGAAGAACGUCGAAGGCGCUCUCAAUCUGCUACACUGCACCUGGGAGGGUACGUUCCGUAUGCUGCCGUACCCGCUGGAACGUGGCCAUCUCUUCUAUCCGUACCCAACCUGCACGGAGUGUGCGGACCGUGAACUGCUGCCAGCCUUCCACGAGGUGUCCGUCUAUCCGAAGAAGGAGCUCCCAUUCUUCAUUCUCUUCACAGCCGGACUCUGUUCGAUUACAGCACUGUUGGCGUUGCUUACGCACCAGUAUCCGGAAUCGAUGGGUAUCUUCGCCAGCACGACGCUCAGCUGGUUCUCGCUGCCGUUUCACUUCGUCAAGGAGCGUCUGGAGGCGAUCUGGCCCUGCAAUCUACUCCAGCAGCUGUCGCGCAUUUAA